AUGCCACCUAAAAGAAGAACUCCACUUCACCAAAAUAACAAUAAUAACAUAAAUUCAAUCAAAAGAAAUUCACAAUCUAUAAGAAAAAAAAUGCUGGUUUCAUUAUCUACUGAAGAAGAAGAAGAAUCAACACUUGAGUCUUUUAUUGAAAUAACUGAUCUAGAAAGUCGCAAUGUGGUAUUGAAAAGAAAGGAAUUGUCAGAAGAUUUAGAUUUUGAAAUCACAAAAAAACCAAAAACUAUUAUAGAAAUUGGUUCUGCUAUUCAAAUUGAUGAAACUAUACAUUGCAUAAAGAAUUUGUUAAGCAGAUAUAUGUAUCCUGAUGAAAAACAACUCAUGAAGACUAUCAAAACAACUUUAGAAAAAAAUUGUGAAGAAUAUUUUGUUAAAGAAGAGUUCCCUCUUAUUUGGAGAAAAGAUUUAAAAGCUUUUUCAACAGACCAAGUAAGAUGUGUUCGUGGUUCUAUGUGUUCUAGAAUUAAAGAAUCAAUUUAUAAG